AUGUGGCAGCUUAAAUUGACUUGCGUCUUGGCCUUGGCUUUGAUUUGCAGCGAAGCGAAACCUUCGCACCACUUUGAUCACCACCUGGAUCAUCAACAUUUCAACCACUUUGAGUCACUGCCGGAACAUGUGGAUUAUGCCUCACCACUGUUGCAGUUGCAGGAAUCCUUUGUGGCUGCUCCAGCACCUGCACCACUUUGGCCUGCUCCUGCUGCUGCUCCCUUAGCACCUGCACCACUUUGGCCUGCACCCGCCGCUGCUCCCUUAGCACCUGCACCACUGCUGCCAGCUCCGGUACCUGCACCACUUUGGCCUGCACCCGCACCACUGCUGCCAGCGGCUCACACUCAUCUGUUGCCAGCUCCUGCACCACUGCUGCCAGCUGUGCAUCUGCCCACAGUGACACAGCUGCUGCCUCCGGUGCUUGAAGCGUUGCCCUUCGCCUCCAGUUAUCGUGCUAUUCCCGGUCCCAAAACCACCUCCCAUCGCGUUUCCCUUGGAUAUGCCUUCCCCAAGUUCGUGACUGCACCACACGCCCAUCUGCGUGCUCUGCCCCUGAAACUGGCGCACCACCAUCAUCAUCAUUCACUGUUCUAG